UUAGCAGUUCCGUUUAACUCGUUCGCUCGCGUCGCUCUCUCCUCUCCAUGCAAUUCCAUCAUCGAGAGCAUUCUUUCGCGAUAAUCGAGAAAUAACACAAAAAUGGAUUUGAACGCGACAACGGCAAAGUCGACGGUGGUGGUUACGAUGGUGCUGGGUCAAGCGACCAAGUCACUGGUGUUCGGCUGGACGGACUAUCUGCUGUUCAGCGCGCUGCUCGGUCUGAGCCUCUUCAUCGGCAUCUUCUUCGCCUUCUGCAGCAAGCAGGACAGCGCCGCGGAGUAUCUGUUCGGCGGCAAGAAAAUGGGAUACUUUCCUGUCGCGGUCAGCACCGUCGCCAGCAUGAUCUCGGGUGCCUCGCUGAUCGGCUUCCCCACCGAGGUCUACCAGUACGGCUCGCAGAUCAUCCUGCUGUUCGUGUCGUUCGCCCUCGGCAGCGUCCUUACGGCCUGCGUCUUCAUGCCCGUCUAUUACAAGCUCGAGGUGACGAGCACCUACGAGUAUCUGGAGCUGCGCUUCUCGCCAAAUCUGCGCUACUUCGCCUCGGUCAUGUACGUCGUCUCGCUGAUGAUCUACAUACCGCUGGUGGUCUACGUGCCGGCACUGGCCUUCUCGCAGAUCAGCGGCGCCAACAUACACACCAUCACGCCCGUACUCAGCCUCGUCUGCAUCACCUACACCACCAUCGGAGGAGUUAAAGCUGUCAUCUGGACAGACACAAUACAGUUCAUAUUUACCCUUGGAGGAUUGUUUACUUUCAUGUUCUUAGGCGUCAAGUCGGCCGGUGGCAUAGCGGCCGUCUGGAAAAUAGCCGACGCCGGUGGCAGAUUGGACGUUUUCGACUUCGAUCCGAGUCCUUUUGCUCGAACGACGUUUUGGGGUCUGAUAAUUGGUAUGACGUUUUCGAACGUAAGCUCAGUGUCCAUUGGCCAAAAAUACGUGCAGAGACUGCUGUCUAUCAAAAAGGAGUCCGACCUCGCCAAGACACUGCUCUGGGUUGGCAUCGGCUGCUUCAUCAUCGUCGUGGCAGUCACGAUAACGGGCAUAACCAUGUACGCGAGAUACGCCUCCUGCGAUCCCAUUAGCGCCGGGGCGAUCGAUAAGAGCGACAAAAUCGUGCCGUAUUACAUAAUGGAUAUAGCCGGCGAUCUGCCGGGUUUGCCGGGCAUAUUUCUCGCCGGUAUCGUAAGCUCGGCCCUGUCGACCAUGAGCGCGGCCCUCAACACGCUGUCGGGCACGAUCUACGAGGACUUCAUCGAUCGCUGGAUCCCGGAAAGCCCAAAGAAAGACGCCAAGGCGGCUCUCAUCAUGAAGGGCAUUUCCUUCUUGAUCGGUCUUAUUACCAUCGCCCUGAUCUUCCUGAUCGAGCAUCUCGGCUCGAUCUUCGAGAUGGCCAUGAGCCUGCGCAGCGUCGUCGAGGGCCCGAUGCUCGGCAUCUUUCUGUGCGGCAUGUUCCUGCCCAAGGUCGGCAAGAGAGGCGCUCUGUGGGGCGGCAUCGUGUCCCUGCUGAUCAUGGCCUGGAUCCUCGGCGGCUCCAAGUGGUACAGCUCCCAGGGCAGGCUCAAGAAUCCGACUCUGCCCAUGUCCACGGAGAACUGCAGCGCUAUUAGUUUUCCGGCGUCGAUGCUCGAUAAUGCCACGACGACGUCGACGACGACCAAGAGCCCGAUUCUCGAUCCUGCUUUGGUGGCUGCGGACGAGCCGAUGCUGAUCUACAAAAUAUCGAUGCUGUACUUGGUGAUGGUGGGUACCAUCAUUGCCGUCGUCGUGGCUGUCGCGGUCAGCUGGAUGACGGGCGAGUGGAACACGACCGAAACUCAUCCGGAUCUUCUCUCGCCGGUCGUGAAAAGAUUUUACGCAAAAAAGUCGUCGUCGUCCUACGACGAGGUGGCGACGGACGAGCGGCAGCUGCACGACCACGCGCUCAAAAAGCUCAACGAUCAGCAUCAGCUUCACACGGACGAACUUAAAGAUACGUGACGUCGGCGUAUCGAGAUACGCAAUGUAAACAUUCACAUCUAUAAUAGGUAUGUGUACCGCGGCAUCGGAGGCUCUGGAUCGUCUGUGCAAUCGUGUCAGUAUAUCACACACACACACACACAUUGCGAUGUAAUGCAAUUAAAGGCUGUCUCGCUGCUGCUGUUUAUCGAUAUCGAUGUGUACUUAUAUUUUUUUAGAUGCAAAGUCAUCACAGUGUGCUGAAGUAUUAUUGUUAUAUUUUUAUUGUGUAUAUUUCGUUCGGCCGAGAAUACUCGUGUUUUAUUUUAUAAUAAAUCGUAAAAAAAUUGAAAAUUUGCGAUGGAAAAGUCACGAUAUUGUCGUAUCAAUAUGAGAAAAGCAUAGAAAUGCAUAUCUAUAUUUGAAACAUAUCUGGAAAUAUAUGUUGAAAUAAGUCGUAAAUUCUUCGCGCUUCGCGACAGAUUUACGACGAAGCUGUAUGAAUAAAAUUACGUAUAUCAUGUCAAUACGUGUGAAAGCGACGCGAAUUAGUUUUAUGUAUUUUCAUCGACUGAAAUUACGAAACUUGUCAAAUGUAUUAGUAUAGUCUUGUACAAAAGUGUCUUCGAUCAAAUAGGCUCUUCCCAUUCAAA